AUGAGAUCUGAUGAUAAUCAUGAGGUGAUUCAUAAAAAUUACAUUAAAAAACACAGCAUGAUGAAGAGAUUUUCAUUUAGAAAUUCAAUUCAAUAUGUGCUUGAAAAACAAAGAUUUGUGUGUCUUUUAAUUGGAAUUGCUAUGUCCAUUGCCAUUUUCUCAGUGUUUUCUAUUUCUUCUCCAAUAUUAAAUUCCGAUUUCGAGACAAUUAAUAUUCAAGAUACGUUCAUAUCAAGUAAUCCGAUUCCUCGAAGAAUUGCGUACGAGUUGGUUGAUGAAACCGAUCAUGUUAAUGCAGGUGGAAAGGUUCCAUUGGGAUUGAAGGGGAAGAGUAAGAGAAUAUUAGUGACAGGAGGAGCAGGAUUUGUUGGGAGCCAUUUGGUGGAUAGAUUAAUGGCAAGAGGAGAUAGUGUUAUUGUUGUUGAUAAUUUUUUUACAGGUAAUAAAGAGAAUUUGUUGCACCAUUUCAAGAACCCAAGAUUUGAACUCAUUCGACACGACGUCGUUGAGCCAAUUUUGUUAGAAGUUGAUCAGAUUUAUCAUCUAGCUUGCCCUGCUUCUCCUGUUCAUUACAAGUUUAAUCCAAUCAAAACCAUCAAAACAAAUGUGAUGGGAACAAUGAACAUGUUGGGAUUAGCAAAAAGAGUGGGAGCUAGAUUUCUUAUUACUAGCACAAGUGAAGUUUAUGGUGAUCCAUUGCAACAUCCUCAGGCUGAGACUUAUUGGGGCAAUGUUAAUCCCAUUGGUGUCAGGAGUUGUUAUGAUGAAGGAAAACGUACAGCUGAAACAUUGACCAUGGACUACCAUAGAGGACUUAACAUUGAGGUUAGGAUUGCUAGGAUUUUCAACACAUAUGGACCACGUAUGUGUAUAGAUGAUGGUCGUGUUGUUAGCAAUUUUGUUGCACAGGCUUUAAGAAAGGAGCCAAUGACAGUUUAUGGAGAUGGAAAACAAACCAGGAGCUUCCAAUUUGUCUCUGAUUUGGUUGAAGGUUUGAUGAGGUUGAUGGAAGGAGAUCAUGUAGGUCCUUUCAAUCUUGGGAAUCCUGGUGAAUUCACCAUGCUUGAACUAGCUAAGGUGGUGCAAGAAACAAUAGAUCCAAAUGCAAAAAUAGAAUUUAGGCCAAACACAGAAGAUGAUCCACACAAGAGAAAGCCAGACAUUACAAAAGCAAAACAACUUCUAGGAUGGGAGCCAGCAGUUUCCCUCCGGCAAGGACUUCCGAUGAUGGUUGACGACUUCCGGCAACGUAUUUUCGGCGACGACAAGCAAGAUUCCGGCAACCUAUUAACCAUAUAA